AUUUUUUUUUUUCUUAUAAUAGCAAAGCUUAUUAUUGAUAUGUAGAUCUCCUCUAUACUACUCUAUACUCAGCUAUAGUAUAGAUACCUAGAUCUAGACGUAUCUAUCGAGACCAAUAUAUGCAUAAAUUAUCAUAGAAAAACUUGAUUCUAAGAGAUCUAAUCACUGAAAGAAAAUAACUAUAUCUAGAUUCUAAAUGUUCAAUAUACGCAACCAUGUGUUAAUCUACUCUUAACAAGAGACUAUAUAUAUAGAUCUAGUCAUUGGUUUUCCUGGAUAAUUCUGGAAACCCGCUUCAACAAUAUUAUGACACUAGAGAUAGAGAAGCUCAUCACAUCCUUCUGUUAAUUUGGAUUUCCAAUUUUCUACUGUAUUUAAGAGUUCAAGCUACAAGAAAAUGGACACUUGUAGUUUCAAAAUUGCAGCUGCCAUUUUCUCUUACUGGACAGUCUCCACCGGUAUGGUAUUUGUGAACAAACAACUGGUUCAACUGACACCUAAAGACUUAUCACUGUUUAUUGUUUGGUUUCAAUGUGUUUUCGGUGCACUAUGUCUGUAUUUGAUUAGCCAACUAAGUCGGAACUGGAAUGGAAACAUUGGCCCAAGUUUAUAUCUGCACAAACAUCACUUAAUACAAAGGGAUAUGAUUAUUUCUUCUAUAACAUUUAUCUCAGCUUUGACAUUUAACAGUGUGCUUUUAAAAUACAUCAGUAUAUCUUUUUACCAAAUAGCAAGAUCUCUGACAAUUAUUUUUGUUAUAGUUUUGAGUGCAAUAGUGCUCCAGCAGAAAGUUGGUCUGAGAGUACUUCUUGCCUGUGUUCUGAUAAUUCUGGGAUUUUAUAUAGGUGUUCAUGAAGAGAUUCAGCAGUAUGGCCUACAGGUUGUUGGAGUUUUUUAUGGUGGGGUAACAAGUUUUUUUUCUGCAUUGUCUUCCACAGUAUGUAAAAAAUGUCAGAAAGAAAAUUCUGUCUCUUCUCUUCAGUUGACCUACAUAGUAUUCACAAUAGGCUGUAUUAUUUUAACACCUUUAGUGCUAGUGACAUCACAACUUGAAUCAGCCCUGUAUUUACAAGUUGAUCAAACAUACUUUUGGUGUCUACUGUUUCUAUCUGGACUUUGCUGUCUUUUGGUUGGUUGGAUCAGCACUCUUCAAAUAACCUUGACCUCUCCACUGACUUACAUCAUCAGCACUAACUCAAAAUCUGUUAUUCAAACCUUACUUGCUGUUUUCUGGAACAAAGAAGCCAAAAAUUUGUUUUGGUGGCUUGGGAAUGUUUUUGUUCUUUCUGGAAUUGUUUUAUAUGCCAUUUUCAAUCACAAAGAAAGUCAGAAAUCUGACAAAGAAAGAUUUAUACAAAAGACAAACUGCUCAGGAAUUGAGAAGAAAAGAUAAGGCUGGUUUCUUUCAAGUUGUUGGCAUUGGAUAAAUAUUUUAUUGAAAUUUCAUAGGCAUGCAAUUGUAACCCUAUGAUGUCAUGCUGAAUGAGAAACAUUUAUUAAAAUACGUUUUCAGGUUACA